AUGGCUCUGAAAUCCAGAAGACCGUGGACUACUCUGUUUUUUGGCAUCUUCGUUGGGUUCACCGCGUCCUCUUGGCUCAUUGUGCCUCAGGUGCUGGACAGUAAACGGAGGAAGUCCUCUGUGUGUUCUUACUAUGGACAUGUGUCUGUGGACAGAGCUGCAGGGGUGCAGGGGGACACAGACAACCCUCAUAUCACAUCACAGGCAGAAAAGCUGGCCAACAUGGACAGAAGCAUUCACGACAACGAGACCAUCAGUCGACCCAGAAGAUUCCUCUACAUCGGUGUAAUGACUGCUAAAAAGUACCUGUCGUCUCGAGCAGUGGCUGCGUACAAAACAUGGACACACUCCAUUCCCGGGAAGGUGGAAUUUUUCUCCAGCGCUGGCUCAGACACUGUCCCUGUACCUGUCCCUGUUCCUGUGGUCUCAUUGGAAGGGGUGGACGACUCCUAUCCCCCACAGAAGAAAUCCUUUAUGAUGCUCAAAUACAUCCACGAUCACUACCUGGACAAGUAUGAGUGGUUCAUGCGGGCUGAUGAUGAUGUCUACAUAAGAGGUGAAAAGUUGGAGCUAUUUCUCCGUUCUCUCAACAGCAGCAAACCACUGUACCUGGGUCAGACCGGCCUGGGCAUGGCAGAGGAGUUGGGUAGGUUGGCGCUGGAGCCUGGGGAGAACUUUUGCAUGGGAGGUCCCGGGAUGAUCUUCAGUCGAGAGGUGCUGCGCAGGAUGGUCCCCCACAUUGGCACUUGUCUCAGCGAAAUGUAUACCACCCAUGAGGACGUGGAGGUGGGGCGCUGUGUGCGGCGAUUCGGAGGGACCCAAUGUGUGUGGUCUUAUGAGAUGCAGCAACUCUUCUAUGAGAACUACGAGCAUAAAAAAGGUUUCAUUGAAGAACUCCACAGCCCAAAGAUUCACAAUGCUAUCACACUCCACCCAAACAAACGACCGGCAUAUCAGUACCGACUCCACAACUUCAUGUUGAGCCGAGAGAUAUCCAAACUUCGUUAUCGCAGCAUCCUGCUUCAUCGUGAAGCACUGAUCAUGAGUCAAGUCAGUGACACACAGGUGUCCUGGGAGGACCAGCAGCUGGGUGCUCUACCUUCAUACAUGCGCUUCCAGCCCAACGAUAGAAACGAUGUGAUUGAGUGGGACUUUCUGACGGGCCGACAUAUUUACUCUGCAGUAGAAAACAAGAGCAAGUACGUAUGCAUCCACGAUGCAGCUCGCAGAGCUGUGGCUUGA